AUGAAGAGAGGAAGAAGGAAGAAUCGGAGACAAGAGCAGGAUUUGAGGCUUAAGGAAUGUCAUAGCAUUGUCUCUCUCAGAGGUUCCAAUCAAAUUGAGAUAAUGGAUGCAAAAGGAGAGAAGCCAUUAGCAUCGAGAAGAAGAUCAGGAAGAAGUGAUGUGUGUGAGGUUCCUUUGGAUGUCGUGAUCGAAGUUCUUCUAAGGUUGCCACCAAAGUCCAUGUUGAAGUUCAACGGAACAGCGUGCGUCUAUAACUCCACUACAGGACAACACUUGACCUUACCCGCCGUACAACCCGACAUCGAUGCUUCAAAAUCGAAAACUAGGAAGGAUACUCGGUACUAUAUAGGAUACGAUCCCGUUAAUGAUCAGUACAAACUAGUCUGCACGAUCGCAAUAUCGUCGGGUUUUUACGUUGACGUAAAGUCAGAGCACUGGGUCCUGCUACUAGAAGCUGGAGGAGGUUCGUGGAGAAAAGUUGUUCCGGUCGAGUCUUCUUAUCAUCCUCAUGUUCCGUCGAAACAAGUAUGGUCUACUAGCAAUGGAUCUGUACUACAUUAUACGGCUUGGAUUGAUGAGUACACUUGUGCGGUUGUGAGUUUUGACGUGAGGUCUGAAGAGUUGACUACCAUCCCAGUGCCUGAGGAAGAUGAGGAAGAAGCAACUUGGAAGAAGAAGGGUCUUGUAGAAUACGGUGGGGAAAUAGCUGUUUUCGAUCACACUAGCCUCGAGGACGAGGGUUUGGUGGAUCUAUGGGUAUUGGAAGACGCCGGUGAGAAGAAAUGGUCGGAGAAGAAGAGGCUGGUUUUGCAGCCUUGUCAAAGGGGUUUAGUCACUGUUGAUGAAGGCAGUGAGUUGGUCGUAAAAGGUACAACUCAGGACGGCAAGGUCAUCUUCGCACCGUUGAAGAUGCAUUCUUCUCAGUUGUACAUUCUGUUUUACGAUCUGCAAAGGAAUGAUUUGAGAAAGGUUGAAAUCAAAGGAGUACCACCUCUUUGGUCUGAUAAAGACUGCUAUUUUGGGUUGAGAUUAAUGAUGGAUGAGAAUACGUUACUGAUUUCCUCUGCACCUAUGUUGUCUAUGGAAGAGAAGUACACACUGCGAUACACAGGAGGAAUGGUUCCUGACGUUAACCAGGGCAUAUAUAGGCUUACCGAGCACACCAUUCUGCUCCAGAUCCUUAUGUACAAGAAGGGUUUCCUGCUGCUGGAUAGUCUAACUUUACUCCAAUCUAUGAAUAUGAUGAGGUGGUUGUACCUUGUAGAAAGGCGUGUGGCGAAAGAAAAGGAGAAACAGGAGAUGGUCAGACGAGGGUUGCUUGAACCACCAAAAGCAAAGGGGGAAAAAAUGAGCAACCUAAUGAAGGUUCUUGCGUCUGAAGCAAGCUCGAAAAAAGAGAUCCGCACAGCAGCUGCUGAGCGUGAACAGGCUUACACCGACAGGAACGCAGCGAGGAAGCUGACACGUGAGAAGAAAGAAAGGAAGCUUUUUGAUGAUCCAACAACACAGGUGUACAAGAUCAAGAAGCUAUCACAUCCCAAAACAAGAUUCAAAGUGGAGAUGAAUGCAAGACAGAACACGUUAACAGAGUGUAGUGUGGUGGUGAUGACGGAUGGGAUGAGUGUUGUUGUGGUUGAGAAUCAUACGUUUUAA